CUCAUCAUUCAUGCACGUUGUCGAACGAUUAUGGCUGACUGGUGAUGGAAUAAUUUCGCCCGUAUUUCCCCUUAAUGUCAGGUAUAAAUUGAAGCCCCAAUCGCCCCACCAGUGUGUUCAGAGAGUGAGUGCGAUUGUGCAACGGAUGCACCGCGUGCGAAGCGCCAUGCGUCUGAUGGGGCACAAGCGAAUGAUGUUGUCGUCGUGGAUUGCUGUACCGGCAAUACUCCUAGCUGCGGUGGGUUUGGCCUGCGGAUAUGCUGUUACGAGCAACGAUUACAGUGAAACAGUUGCUACAUUUGUGUUUCGGUUUAUACGUGACCAUAAAGGCUUAAAGCUGGGCAUCGUUUUCGGGUGUGAUCAGAAGUUAUUGCUCAUUUACAACGUUUUAUCGCAACUGGCGACCAUAGGCGUCCGGGCGAGAAUGGUCCACAUCGGCCCGGGGCCGACACCGGACAGGAACGAACAAGAGCACGAGCGGUUUUCGAGCACUCUUCGGCAGUCGCUCGAAUUUCAUCAAUUUGUGCUGCUCGAUAUGGCUUGCGAAAACGCACCGGAUGUCCUGAAGCAGGCAUCGAGAUAUGAACUCUUCAAUGCGUCAUUUCAUUGGCUAAUAAUUGAUAACCAUUACAACAGUGUCGAGGAAGAAGGUACCACUGGUGAAAAUCGUCUCUUCACGUGUCCUUGGACUAUGAUCACCAACAGCACCGAGAAUGGCGGAACGGCUAAACCGAUACAAUCCUUCACCAACGGCACCGAACCGGACGGUGCGAUGGACAGCGACUGGACAGCUAGUAGCAACGGCAGUGAAGCAACUGCCAGCGGCCAUACCUUCGACCUGCUUGCAACAAUGAACGUUAGCAUCAAUGCGGAAAUAACCGUUGCAAGCCCUACGGAUCCAUCCUAUCGGGGAUUCACACUCUAUGAUCUCUGGAAUCCCGGAUUCAUCAGUGGCGGUAAAUUGAAAAUAGAACCGUUGGGCUGCUACUCGCCCGCCGAAGGGCUGCAGAUACCAAAGCGCGAGUCGACCGUCGUUCGCCGGCGCAACAUGGACGGACUGCGGCUAAAGAUAAUGACCGUGGUGACACAGAAACCACACCAACCGUUCGAACUGUACCUAACGACGCCACAGAACACCCAUCUCGACUCUGUCCAUCGCUACAACUACGGGCUGAUGGGCAUGCUGAAGGAAUUCUACAACUUUACUUUCGUCAACCGGCGCACCAAGAGCUGGGGAUAUUUGCGGAACGGCAAGUUUGAUGGUAUGAUCGGUGCUUUGUCCCGGCGAGAGGUUGAUCUUGGCGGUUCGCCCAUGUUCUUUCGCCAGGAGCGCCAUCGCGUCGUCAGCUACACUACCCGCACCUUUGUCGAGCGACCGUGCUUCAUCUUUCGCCAUCCGCCGCGCAAUGAUGCGGUAAAGAAUCCGUUCCUGCUUCCGUUUGAAAUAAUCGUAUGGUACUUAAUGGUUGGCUGCGGCUUAAUCUUGGUGACAGUUUUGUGCUUCAGUUUUUUCGUCGAAGAUGCAGUAUCUGAAAGACGCUCAUCCUUGGCACCUCAUACGAUACGAAGCAAUACCUCAAAUGAUGCUACACGUUUGGUUCGAUGCAAUUUAGCCGACGAUGUUACUAACGCGCGACACGGAACAAUAUUGAAGAAAGCUAUCUUCUCUCACGCCGACUAUGCCGGUGCAACAACGGCAGGCCUCGCGGGAAGAAACGUGUCGCCGGAAACGUGCCUGAACGAAUCUCUUUUAAACCGUCCUAAGCUGUCACCGAUGCGGCGAAGCUAUUGGCACCGAGCAACGACAGGCAUCAGUUACAACGUUGAUGAAGAUGAUGAUGUGCAGGGAUCUAAGAGCGCAUCAACUAACGUUCAGCCUGACAUACGCGGGUCUACUUUUUCGGGAUCACAGCCCAGCUCCCCGAAUGCAGCCGGCUCAUCUCGACAGCGAUGGAAAAUAUGCCACUGGCUAUAUCCGGUGGAUUGUCGUCAGUUGGUUCCUUGCAACAGUGAUGCUGCUGCUGUUGGUGGUGGCGAUGGUACAUUCACGGCACACAAUUGCCAUAACAAGACCGUCCCAGCAAACAUAUCGUCGACGCAUCGAUUCCAUCCGGGAGACGGAAACGCUGGCGCCAAAUGCAAUUAUAAAGCGGAAAAGGUAUCCAAAAGCAUUUUACUCUUCCUCGGAGGCGUGUGUCAACAAGGAUUAUCCGAGAUACCGCACCUAUCAUCCGGCAGAUGUACGUCAUUUUUCAUCCUGCUCUUCGGCUACCUCAUGUACCAGUACUACUCGGCCAGCAUCGUCGGCACGCUGCUAAUGGAGCAGCCCAAGAGCAUAAAAACGCUGCGCAAUUUGAUUGACAGCCGCCUAACGCUCGGGAUCGAGGAUAUUCCCUAUUCCAGAGAUUACUUUGUGCGUACGACCGAUGCUGACUCACUGGAACUUCACCGAACUCGGAUCGAGUACUACGAGCCGAAAACGGGACGCAAUGAGUCCAACUUCCUAGCAGCCGCCGACGGGUUGCAGCUGGUGCGGGAAGGUGGAUACGCAUUUCAUGUGGCCAUUUCGGCCGCCUACCGCAUCAUCCGGUUGACGUUCAGCGAGCGCGAAAUUUGCGAGCUGAGUGAAAUUGAUAUGUUCCCCGUCUGGUCGCAGUGGAUGGUGGCGAUCGUGCAGAAAAACUCACCGUACCGCGAUGUCAUAACAUACGGAUUACGCCGGUUGAAUGAAGCGGGAUUAAUGCAGCGACAGAGACACGUCUGGCAGGAAGCGAAACCGAAAUGCGUUCGCCAGAUUGCCCCGACCGAUUUGAUCGUCGGCCUGGAUGCGGUAGUAUCAGCGUUCGUGCUGCUGUGCGGCGGUAUUUGCCUGUCCGUUUGCGUGCUGUUCGUCGAAAUCCUCUGCCAUCGGAUCGAACGUCAUCGCCAUGGAUGUCAUCGCCGAGAGCUGUGGCGAAAUCGUGUUGUAAUGAUGACGAAGCAACCUAGCCUACCGGCACAGCCCCGGCGCGAUGGUACGGAAUUGUUUUACGUUGAAUAGACUGGCCAGAUUUGACCACGACAAAAUGUGCCUGGUCAGGUUUGUCCUUUAAUUGUAACGGAAUGUGGUAGCAGUAGCAGCAGCAGCAUUUUGGUGUUCUUAAGUAGUAGGAAUGUUGAAUGGAAGAAAAUGUAUCCGACGGAGUACAGAAGAAAUUUCGUUGAAACGCUCAAAUGAAAGGUUUUAUUGGUGGAGUUUGAAGGUAGUAUCGUAGAUGCGUUUUUUGCGGGUUUAAAUAAAGUUAUUAGUAAAAGCAGGAGUGUUCAUGAAUAGUUGAAAUAACGAAAUAAAAAAAAACUUAAAAAUAAUGAGUUUUACAGGUAUUGCAAAAUUAUAAAAUGCUUAUAAAUUGCAAUUUUCUUAAAAAUAAAAAAAGGUUUUAUUUUUUGUAUUAUUUAGUGCGUUUAAUAUAUGAUGAACAUUCUAUAAUAUUUCUUUCGUUGAACACAAGUAUACCUUAGACACUCCAUAUAUUCGAUCCUAUUAAAUUCAAUAUUUAAGAUUAUUCAUUUACUAUUUUUACUUUAAAAAACU